GCAGGAUCUUGCAGUUGGCGCUGAGUUGCGCAUACGACGCGUGUGCCCGCGAAGAAAGGACCUCCGAGUGCAGUGACAGUGCAGUGCCGUGAUGAGUGCUUCGGGAAAAAGUCUGCUGGGCCUCUGGCUCUAUCGCAGUGGCGAGCAGGAGUGGUCCGUCAAGCAGGGCAGUCCCUUGCAUCAGCUCAAAAAGGAUACAGCUCCGGGAUCGUCGGCCCCUGUCCCCCACUCAAAUCUAUCCAGGCACUCAUCCGCUCCACUGGAGCCACCGCGUCUGUCCAUCGGACCCAGCGCCGGCCAGGAUCCGCCCAGACAGCACUCGCCUGGUGAACGCAUCUCCAUCAUCUUCACCCUGCGCAACCAGGUGGGGAAUCUGGCCCGUGCCCUGCAGGUCUUUCAGGAGCUGGGCAUCAAUGUGCUCCACCUGGAGCUAUCGCCGCUGGAGAUGGCCACCAAUCAGGCGGACGUCCUGGUUGAUGUGGAGUGUGAUCCUCGACGGCUUGACCAGGUAGUGAAGAUGCUCAAUCGGGAGGUGGCCUCCGUGAACUAUACUUCGGUUAACACGCAAGGAUUGGCCAGGGCUCCAUCCCUCUCGGCCUGUUCUAGUUUUGAUUUUGGCGACAUGGUUUGGUUUCCGCGUAAGAUUUCCGAUUUGGAUAAGGCACAGAAUGUUUUGAUGUACGGCUCCGAGUUGGAUGCAGACCAUCCGGGAUUCAAGGAUCCCGUGUAUAGAAAACGCCGUGAACAGUUCUCGGCCAUAGCCAACAACUUUAAGCACGGCAAUCCCAUACCCAGAGUUCAGUACACACCCGAGGAGGUAAAAACUUGGGGCACCGUGUUCUUGGAGCUUCAUCGGCUUUAUGUGAUGCAUGCUGUGCCGGAGUACAUGGAAAACUGGCCAGAGCUGGAGAAGUACUGCGGGUAUCGCGAAGAUAAUGUUCCCCAGUUGCAGGACGUCAGUGUCUAUCUGAAGCGGAAGACCGGUUUUCAGCUGCGACCUGUUGCAGGAUACCUUUCGCCAAGGGACUUUCUAUCAGGACUGGCCUUUAGGGUUUUCCAUUGCACUCAGUAUAUACGACACUCCUCGGAUCCUUUCUACACCCCUGAACCGGACUGCUGUCAUGAGCUCUUGGGCCACAUGCCCUUGCUGGCCAAUUCGAGUUUUGCUCAGUUUUCCCAGGAAAUAGGUUUGGCCUCUUUGGGAGCCAGUGAUGCGGACAUUGAAAAGCUGGCCACGCUCUAUUUUUUCACUGUGGAGUUUGGGUUGUGCAAACAGGCAGACAGCAGUUUCAAGGUUUACGGAGCAGGACUUUUGAGUUCCGUGGCUGAGUUACAACAUGCCAUUACGACGAAUGAGAAGAUUAAGAAAUUCGAUCCGGAGGUGACUUGCCAGGAGGAGUGCAUUAUUACAUCGUACCAAAACGCCUACUACUACACGGAUUCCUUUGAGGAGGCCAAGGAGCAAAUGAGGGCCUUUGCUGAGAGUAUCCAGCGUCCGUUUGGAGUACGUUACAAUCCCUAUACCAUGAGUGUGGAAGUCCUGUCGAAUGCCCAGAAAAUCACCGCCGUAGUUAGCGAACUCAAAGGCGAUCUCAGCAUUGUGUGCUCGGCUCUUCGGAAAAUUUCCGCAACUGAUGAAAACUUGGAUGUGGACAGUAUUGCUAACAUGUUGCAUAAUAGCCUCAAUGUCCGGGGAGGAGCUGCCGGAGGCGGAGGCAGUCCCUGCAGUCCGGACAACUCGGAUAACUCGACGGCGGAUGGAGACUAGAAUUGGAAAUAAAUAAAAAUCAAAACUUGGGACCAAAAAGCAGUAUAAUUCGCCAAGUUUGGCUUGAGAAAUGAUAUUUUUUUA